AUGUCCAACCAGGAUGAUCUGGCCUAUGGUGGCUAUUACCAAGGCGCGGAACGUGGGUCCAAAGACGGAUCCCGCGGACUAGGCGAUACCUUCAAGAAGCUCCGGGAUACUUACAAGAACCACCAGGGGUCUUCACACGGACAGUCCAAUCAGACAUAUAACCCAAGUGGCUAUCAGGGUCAGAGCUACCCAACCCAGAAUCAACCCUCGCAAUACGGUUAUGAUCAGCAGAAUCAAAGCACAGGCGGACAGAACCAAAACCCGGACUAUUACGGGAAACCUGCAAAGGAAGAUAAACUUUCUGGUUUCUUGGGCAAACUCCAAGGAACUGUGACUGGGUUUGGUUCCGAAUUCGCCCAGAAGAUUGGUACUACCCUCGACCCACAGGCAUAUGCGGAGUAUGGUCCCAGCAAGCCCAGCACAGAACAUCGAUUUGGCAGUUUCGCUCCUCCUCGGGAGCACAACGAUGCCAAGUGGUAUGUCGAUGGGUGCAGCUACUUCUGGGCUGUGUCGCGAGCUUUGGAAAAUGCCCGAGAGUCGGUUUGGAUUCUGGACUGGUGGCUGUCUCCCGAACUCUAUCUGAGAAGGCCACCAGCGAAGAAUGAGCAGUAUCGAUUGGAUAGAAUGCUGCAGGCUGCAGCCCAGCGGGGCGUGCGGGUCAAUAUCAUCGUUUACAAGGAGGUUACCCAAGCACUCACUCUAUCCUCGGCCCACACUAAGCAUGUACUGGAAGCUUUGCAUCCCAACAUCGCUGUCUUCCGCCAUCCUGAUCACUUGCCUGACCGCCAGGAGCUGGCAGCUUCCCUCGCAUCGUCGUUCCAGAAUAUCUCACUGGAUCCGGUAAGUCUGAGUAAGAUGUCGAAAGACACACUCAAGGCACUGUACGGAAUGAACGAUGAUGUGAUCCUCUAUUGGGCCCAUCACGAGAAGCUCUGCUUGAUCGAUGGUCGGAUUGCCUUCAUGGGUGGUUUGGAUAUGUGCUUCGGCCGCUGGGAUACAAACCAACAUGAGCUCUCAGAUCUCCAUCCAUCCGAUGUGAACCAAACCGUAUUCCCUGGUCAAGAUUAUAACAACUCCCGUGUCCUUGAUUUCCAGGAUGUUCCUAAUUGGGAGAACAACCAGCUGGAUAGAAAGACCAUGUCUCGGAUGGGAUGGUCUGAUAUAUCCGUGAGCUUACACGGUGCAGUCGUGGAGGAUCUGCGACGUCACUUUGUGGAGCGAUGGAACUUCAUUUAUGAUGCGAAAUACAAGGUUCGCAGCGAUACUAGAUAUGCUAGACUGGCUCUUCACGGACGACCUACCUCUGGGGCUGGCCAGCUGCAGGCUGGCUCUCCGCAACCGAACCUUUACCCCUCGGGACAGUCAAGUCCGCAAGGCCAGCCUCCUGCACCAUCCUGGCAGACCAAGCCUAGUGGAGUCGCAUCUACUACCUACCCGCCACCGCUUGGCCAGACAUCGGCGAACCAGUAUCAACAGUCGCAGUCGCAGUCGCAGUCGCAGCCACAGUCUCAACCUCAGCAACAGCACUCUGCUGGCUCAAACCAGCCCUACUCUAGUGCUAGCACCCCAACAUACCCGCCGCCACCAGCCCAGACACCGGGUUCAUACGAACAUUCGCAAUCGCAGUCCCAGCCACAAACCACAGCAGGAUCAUACCAGCACUACCAAGGCGGUAAUACUUCAACUCAUUCGCCACCGCCGGCUCAGACCUCCUCGAACCAGCCCCAAUAUCAGCAGCAACCCAAUACUUCCUCCCCGUACCAGCCUGGGAGUCCUUCAGCAUAUCCCCCACCACCUAGCCAAAAUUCUCCGGGCUAUCCGGGUCAACCCAGCCAAUCGAGUCACUCCCCGAGUCAGGGCCAUAGCCCGUAUACCUACACAGGGGACUCGUUCCCUCCUCCUCCGUCUGGACCCCCUCCAGCGCAAACCGCUGCCAAUGCCCAGUACCAGCCCUACCCGCAGGGUCAGCAGGGUCAGCAGUCACCUUAUUUCCCACCACCGCCAGGCCAGGAAACAUCCCACUCUAACACUCGUGGAAUUGAUGAGAAUCAAUACCAGGGUGAUCUCGAACGGGGCUCUCUGUCACCUCGUCGCUUCCGAGAGGAUCUGACUCAAUAUGGCAACUCCCUUCGUGGUCAGCUCGCUGGGCAGAUCCAUCAAUAUCAAGAUAAAUUGACCACGUACGGUCGUCCUUCCUCCUCACAAGCGCGAGGAAACAUGUCGUGUCAGAUAGUGCGCAGCUGCGCCAAAUGGAGCAAUGGCAGUCAGAUUGAACAUUCAAUUGCUGACGCAUAUUGCGCCAUCAUCCGCAACAGUGAGCACUUCAUCUAUAUCGAAAACCAGUUCUUCAUCACGGCGACCGGCGAUUCGCAGCUUCCAGUGAAAAAUAAGAUUGGUGCCGCAAUUGUUGAGAGAAUUCUGCGUGCUGCCCGUGCCGGUCAGAAAUAUAAGAUCAUUGUAGUCAUUCCAUCUGUUCCCUGCUUUGCGGGUGACUUGCGAGAUGAUGAGACUCUCGGAACACGGGCAAUCAUGGAAUUCCAAUACAACUCCAUUAACCGAGGAGGUCACAGUAUCAUGGAGUUGAUUGCCAAGGAAGGCUUCAAUCCAAUGGAGUAUAUUCGUUUCUAUAACCUUCGAAAUUAUGAUCGAAUCAACAACGGCUCCAUGAUGGCGGCUGCUGAGCAGCAAAGUGGUGUCAACUACGAGGAUGCUCGCAGACAGUAUGACGUGAACACCGCGGGCCCUGGUGGAUAUGCCCCGAGUACCACUCGAACUGCUUUCGAUACCACCGCGCCUUUCCAGAAGUACCAACAAGCUGCACACCAAGUACAGGGCGCCCACGCUUCUUCGAACCGGUGGGAUAGUGUCAGCGAGUGCUAUAUGCUAGGUGGGGAGGAUAUUCGCAAAGUGCCAUGGGAUGGUCACCCCGAUGCCGAAAUUGAUGCGUUUGUUAGCGAAGAACUCUAUGUGCAUUCAAAGGUGAUGAUUGCGGACGACCGUGUGGUCGUUUGUGGAUCUGCAAAUUUGAACGACCGUUCCCAGUUGGGCGACCAUGACUCUGAGAUUGCAGUCAUCAUUGAAGAUUUCACGCCUGUGUCGUCGAACAUGAAUGGAAAGCCAUGGACCGCCAGUCGGUUUGCUUCAUCUCUUCGUCGCCAGUUGUUCCGGAAGCACCUGGGUCUCUUGCCUCCACAAGACUAUCAGCGACCGGAUGCGAACACCGAGCCUGUGGGAGUUCCCAAUGAAUUUGAUUUCGAAUGCCCUGAGAGCAAGGUCGUUGCUGAUCCGCUUUCCGAUACUGUCCAGAGUCUCUGGAACUCACGGGCGCACACUAACAGCGAGGUCUUCCGAAAGGUGUUCCACGCGGUUCCAGAUGACUCGGUCCGCAACUGGAAUGAGUACAAAGAGUUCUAUGAGUUCUAUUUCCACAAGACCGUUGGGGGUAAGGAUGAACAGGCACGUCCGGCGCGAUUCCAAUGGGGCCACGUCGUGCGUGAUGACUUCGCACCUGGUGCUGAGGGGGCUAAGCAAGUCAAAGAGCUGCUCAGUCAAGUCAAGGGUACAUUGGUUGAGAUGCCUUUGAUGUUCCUGAUUGAGGAGGAUAUUGCGAAGGAAGGAUUGACUCUGAAUGACCUGACCGAGCCGCUCUAUACCUAA